GACGAGCGGCAAAGCGACCCAAUCGCUGUCUUGGAAUAGGUGGCAAGCUCGGGCGCCUGUGUGCGUUUACAGUGGGGGCGUGGCCGGGCCAGGUGUUAGCCAGACUGCGCGGCCGGACGCCGGCGCCAUGGAGGAGUACGCUCGGGAGCCUUGCCCAUGGCGAAUUGUGGACGAUUGCGGUGGAGCCUUCACUAUGGGCGUCAUCGGCGGCGGAGUUUUCCAGGCCAUCAAGGGCUUCCGCAACGCCCCUGUCGGAAUACGGCACCGAUUGAGAGGUAGUGUCAACGCUGUGAGGAUCCGAGCCCCCCAGAUUGGAGGUAGCUUUGCCGUGUGGGGGGGCCUGUUCUCCACCAUCGACUGUGGCCUGGUGCGGCUGCGGGGCAAGGAAGAUCCCUGGAACUCCAUCACCAGUGGAGCACUGACUGGGGCUGUGCUGGCUGCCCGCAGUGGCCCAUUGGCCAUGGUGGGCUCAGCAAUGAUGGGGGGCAUCCUGCUGGCCCUCAUAGAGGGUGUUGGCAUCCUCCUCACUCGCUACACUGCCCAGCAGUUCCGCAAUGCACCCCCGUUCCUGGAGGACCCCAGCCAGCUGCCCCCUAAGGAGGGUACCCCAGCCCCAGGCUAUCCCAGCUAUCAGCAGUACCACUGAAGAAGUGACUGCCUCUCAUCACCACCAUGGGAGCCCCUCCUCCGUUCCCUCCCAGAUGAUCUACCUCGAAGGGAGGGCUGGCUCCCAGUUGGCCCUGGGACCCUCCAGAGAGGGCUUCUACUCUGCUUCCUUGUCCCAGGGUGGGGGUGGGGCACCCCAGCUGCCCUGACGGAUGGGUCCCCUUCUCUCUCAGGGCACCCCAACCCCAUACUCACAUGUAACAAGUUCUCACCCCAUCCCCUUUUCGUGGCGCCCUGAUGAGUAUUUAAAGCCAGUUUUGAAAUGCC